UAAAUACAAGAAAUUUCUUUGAAAGAAUGACACUGGAUAGAGAAGGUUUAUUGUACAGUGGGGUUUCACCCAUUUAUAAGAUCGUAUGUCCAAAAACUCGAUCAGCUCUAUGUUAUUCCUGGCGUAUAUAAACUGUUGCAAGGAUUAAAAUCCUUUCAUUCUGUUUCGAGACACUACAAAGUAUUAGCGAAAUGAGUUCCUCUCGGCCUACGCUGUGCGAUAAGAAGUUAAAAUCAGCAGAAAUUAAAUUAUUAAGAAUACUCCAUAAAAUAGAUAGUUUUAAACUCAGUAACUCGUAUACAUCGCGGCUUGUGUUACCAGAAUGUAACGGGGCACCUAUUUCCAAAACUUUUAGGCAUAACUUAAAGUUUUGUUAUUUGAGUGUCGCUGUUUUGACUAUUAUUUUUACAUAUUGGUGGAUUUCUCCAGGUUUUGCUUCUGAGAGAUGCGCUUUAGAGGUACCGUCGACAUCGCUCACGUUAUUCCGACCACCGGAGGACUGCUCAAUGUGUGCCAGCGUGGCACAAGUGUCCAGGCUAACUAACCUCACGCCCGAAGUGUUCGAGCGCCGCUACGCCUACAGCCCUACACCCGUUAUAGUCACCGACGCGACUCAGCAUUGGAGAGCUAUCAAAGAAUUCAACUUCGAUUUCUUCGCCAAUUUCUACCGUAACGGUAAAAUGGGCUCCAAGAUCAACGAGUGUUUCUUCUUCGCGUACAAAUCUGGUUUGCUGUCAUUGGGCGAGGUGUUCUCUAUGGACGAGGCGCGCGCCAAUCUGUCGGGCGCGCCGUGGUACGUCGGCUGGAGUACUUGCUACGACGAGGAAACCCGCCGGCUGAGGCAGUAUUACAACCGGCCGUACUUCCUACCGAGGACCGCGGAGAGUGAUACUAUAGACUGGAUAUUUAUGGGCGGACCAGGACAAGGAGCACAUAUGCACGUUGAUUCUGUGCGGCGCGUUUCGUGGCAGGCGCAGGUGCGCGGUCGCAAGCGCUGGCAGCUGGCGCCGCCACCCGAGUGCCUCUACACCUGUCGACCUCUCACCCUCACUGUGCACCCCGGGGAGAUAUUGGUGGUGGACACGAACAGAUGGUACCACAUGACGCGCGUGCUGCCCGGGGACAUCAGCAUCACCAUCGGCGCGGAGUACGACUGAACGAUGAAAAUUGUCUUACGCUAUUUAUCACAAUUACUAAUUCUUUUACCGAUUGCUUGUGCUAAUCUUACUCUUACUAAUAUUAUAAAUGCGAAAGUUUAGAUGGAUGGAUGUUUGUUAGAGUUUGUAGC